CAGACACAUGCCUGCCGCAGCUGCUGCGACCUCUCUUUCUCAAACGUCUCGACCACCGCCCACUUGCCCAUCUUUUGUCGUGUCUCCUCCGCUCUUUGUACCACCACCGCCGCCCACUGCGCGCUUCCAUUCCUCCUCGCCCGCGGCUCCCGACCACUCUCCUCCGACUUGCCCACGUCAGCGAGACGUGCCACGGGCACUACCGAGUCUGCUGCAUCUCUCCUUGGGCACUGCUGGUUCCGUCCUGAGGAUUCCUUCCUCCUGACGACCUUUCUCUUCUACAUCUCCUUUACAUAUUCAUCACAAUGCGGCUCCGGCGAGCGUCGCCACUGUUACUAUUGCUUGCGCCAUCAUUGGCUGCAGCCCAGAAUGCCGCUGCAAAAGAGGGCACUGAGGUCCUAUCCAACGAGGAGAUCCUGUCCCUCAACCGCAUAAAAGGUGCAGACCCUAUACGAAAGGCCGCCGGCGAUGCUGCUGCUGCUGCGAAUCCACCCAAUGCCAAAUCGACUCGGAUAUACAAGGGCACAGAGGAUGCGCCUGUAGAUGGACUGGAUGGCAAGCCACACGCAGGUCCCUUUGUGGAUCGCCCUGCCGAAGAUGGCUCGAAGAAGGCAAAAGGCGAUGCUGCUGUUGGUCCCAAGCCAAAGCCUACUUCGCUCAGCAACUUUGGUGGCCAGGACAUUCCCGAGAAGAAUGAUGGAGUCAUGAACGAUGAUACGCGAACACCGCCGAAGAAGGGAACAACAGGGACGGAAGGCGGCAUCAGCGAGAAGACGAAGGAUCGCAAGGAGAAGGAGGGAGUUGUCGCCGAGCAGAAAACACCUCAGAUGCCACAAAAGGCGCCUCCACUUCCACAUAGUGAGGAAAAGCAUAUUGAAAGUGUUGAUGCGGAGAAGCGGCUAUCUGGGGAGGCAGUUGAUGCUAUCACAGGGGAGAAGGUAGCAGGCGCGAAAAAGGGAGGCGACUAUGGCGAUUCAGGAUACGGAUUGGAGAAGCCUGCGAACCUUCCACCCAAACCCCACAACAUUCCCCAUCCCGAUGCAAAAGUGCCUACAACGGGCACAAGUGACGAUUUUGGUCCUCCAGUGAACGCAGGAGGUGGCCGGGACAAAUGGCUCGUCGACACCAUGCCAGAGACUGAGGGCAAGACCAACCUGAAACCGCCCAAGGCCAACAGCAACAGCGGCAGCGGCAGCUCCACCCCUUCAUCAUCCACACCCAUCUCCAAGUCCACUUCAGACAUGGAAUGGCACGAAUGGUUCCACUCCUUCGGUCUCUCCUUCACCAUGAUCAUCUUCUCCGAAAUUGGCGACAAGACCUUUCUCGUCGCUGCCCUCAUGGCCAUGCGCCACGCCCGAUUACUCGUCUUCAGCGCCGCCAUCUCCGCUCUUAUUGCCAUGACCGUCCUCUCUGCCGUCCUCGGCCACGCCUUCCCCGCGCUCCUGCCGAAGAAAUUUACCACUUUCGCCGCGGCCAUCUUGUUCUUCGUCUUUGGCGCAAAGAGCUUGAAAGAGGGGCUUGAGAUGCCUAAGGAUGCUGGCAUCGGAGAAGAGCUACGUGAAGUCGAGGCGGAAUUGGAAGAGAAGGAGCAUAGUAUGCGAAAGAGGGGCAACAGCAAGAGCGAUCACAGCUUAUCCGCUUACGAAAUCGAGGCUGGGCGAGGGAGAGGCAAAGGCGAGCUCUCACCUCCUCUGUCGAGAAGUCCUUCUCCUCCCAGCAGGCGUGGCGGCGGCGCAGGUCUGGAAAACUUGUUCAGUCUGGUGCUGAGUCCCGCGUGGGUGCAAACAUUCAUCAUGACAUUCCUCGGUGAAUGGGGUGACAGGAGUCAGAUCGCAACAAUUGCCAUGGCUGCUGGACAGGACUACUGGCUCGUGACGCUAGGCGCCAUCGCUGGACACGCGUGCUGUACCGGUGUGGCAGUCAUUGGCGGACGAGCUCUGGCAGGUCGAGUGUCUAUGAGGGUUGUCACUAUCGGCGGCGCGAUUGCAUUCUUGGUGUUUGGCUGCAUUUAUUUGUACGAGUGCUUGACGGAGUGAAGAUACAACGAUCUCCUUUCAGCAACAAUACAUCAAUCGCGUCCUGGCCAGGCUUGGCUUACGACUUUCUUCCAAUCGAACAAUCGGAAACAAUUCUCUUAGCGACUGGCGCAAAUCACGGACCUGGGCGGCGAGCUGCGGUGACGGCAAGGGCGGGGACGGAUUCGAGUGUGUAAGAAAAAGGCACGGAAGGCGAAAAAUGUUCUGUAAUAUGUGUGGUCCAGAUCGAGCAAGCAAUGGCUGUUCCAAAAACAGAGACUGAAAGCAUGAAAUGAGAGGGCAAGCGACCAGAGACGAGUCCAACAGCUUCUGGGGUUGAAGAGAGGGAAGAGGGGAAACACAGCGUGAGAGCGUUCUUGUUCUUGUACCUGUAGGAAGAGAAAGAUUAUUUGUGUGUGUAUGUGCGAAGUAUAUGACAACGAAAGAUAUUC